AUGUUUGCACUUGUUGCGUACACGCUAUUAGCCAUCUUGCUAACUGCACUGAUCAGUUUAUCCUUUCGUCUCUAUCAAAACUAUUCGAAAGUCAAAAACAUUCCAGGAUCAUGGCAAUUAAUGAAUUUUGUCAAGAGAGUUCCAAUCAUUGCCUCUCACUUCUUCCUUGGCUCUCAUCAUUCCAUGUAUCAACUCACCCAAGAGAAGGGAGAUUCCAAAACCAAAACAGUUCGUGUCUCAAUGCUCAAAACUAAUCUCAUCUCCAUUUGUGAUCGUGAUCUUCUCAAAGAACUGCUCGUAGCCAAAGGACACAACUUUGUCAAGGAACCUGAUAUGUACGAUCCAUUCAACCUUUUUGGAGUUAAUAUUUUGUCUGCUUUGGAUGCAAACUCUGAAACUUGGAAAAAUCAUCACAGAGUUGCAAAUUCUGCAUUUUCACCUAAAAAUUUGGAAUUUGUUGCUUUGGUUGCGAGUGAGAGUGUUGAUUUGAUGAGAAGAACGAAAUGGGAUAAGGAAAUUAAGAGUGGAAGUGUUGGUGCUGGUGUGUUGAUUGAUUCGACUGCUGAUUUUAGUGAUAUUACUUUGGGUGAGUUUAUAGUUUCGAAUUUAAAUUUAUAA